AUGCCUCAUCCGCCGAUUUCUCUCCUCCUGUUCUACUCUGGUGCCAAUGCAGACCCUGUCGAACAACGUGGUUCGCUAAAGAAAUCUUUGUCAGAAACGAUGACACGUUUCUACCCAUUAGCAGGAAAAAUCAAAGAUAAUCUAACAAUUGAAUGUGAUGACUAUGGAGCUUAUUACUUGGAAACCCGAGUUAAAUGUCAUCUCUCUGAAGUUCUUACGCAUCCUGAAGCUAAUACCUUAAAGAAAUUCCUUCCAUCUUAUGAUCUUCAUUUCAGAAGUGGCAGCAGCAGUGGUACUACUACAACUAGUAAUGAAUUGGAUUUGAAAGAUCUAAUACAAUUAGUAAUUCAAAACUUCUCGCCGCGGAGUAGUACUACUGCAGAUGAUCAAGAAAUGGUUACUCCCUAUUUUUACUCCGCCUCUCUUUUCCCUCCUAAGAAAAUGCUUGCUUCCUGCCCAUUCAAGAAACUUUCCGCUGGAAACAAGCAUGUCACUAGAAGGUUCGUUUUUGAUGCGUCAAGAAUAGCUGCACUCAAAGCCAAAGCAACCAAUCCCAUAUAUGUGAAUAAUCCAACUCGUGUCGAAUCAGUUACAGCACUUAUAUGGAAGUGUGCAUCAAGGGUGGGUAUCAAAAAAUCAUCAGAGUCUGCUACUAGACAAUCCGUAGCUUUCGUACCAGUAAAUCUUCGCGGGAGAAGGAUUCCGCCUAUGCCCGAACAUCUUAUUGGGAAUCUCGUUCAGUUGGCAGUUGCAAGUAAAACUACAACUGCUGGCGCAAGUGCAAAAGAAGAGGAUGUAAGCUACUUGGUGCAACUUGUCAGAGAUGGCAUAAGUAAAAUCAACAAUGAUAGAGUGAAGGAAAUGCAAGCUUAUAGCGACGGGGGAUUCGGGGAGUUCUUUAGAGAAGUGUAUGGAAGGUACAGAAAAGGGGAGGUGGAUUUGAAUACAAUUAUUAGUUGGUGUAGGUUUCCGUUCUAUGAAGCUGAUUUUGUUGGGGGAAACCACAUUGGGGGCGAAAUAUCGCACAAGGCAAAGAAGCCGAACAACAAUCACGCAACGAUAAGGAAGAGUGUGAAAGAAAAGUUACGCGAUGAAGAUAAUAUGAAGACCAACUUCAUUAGGGAAGCACGAAGGACUAAGUAG